AUCUCAUUUGUCUUCUGUAUCUCACCUAGAACUCUGUUGAAUUCUCACCCAUCACAAUGAGCAACAGAUUCCUGGGCACCUGGAAACUUGUCUCCAGUGAGAACUUUGAUGACUACAUGAAAGCUCUGGGUGUGGGGUUAGCCACCAGAAAACUGGGAAAUUUGGCCAAACCCACUGUGAUCAUCAGCAAGAAAGGAGAUGUUAUAACUAUAAGAACUGAAAGUGCCUUCAAAAAUACAGAGAUCUCCUUCAAGCUAGGCCGAGAAUUUGAAGAAACCACAGCUGACAAUAGGAAAGCCAAGAGCACUGUAACCUUGGCAAGAGGUUCACUGAAUCAAGUGCAGAAAUGGGAUGGCAACGAGACAACAAUAAAGAGAAAGUUGGUGGAUGGGAAAAUGGUAGUGGAAUGUAAGAUGAAGGACGUGGUUUGUACCAGGGUUUAUGAGAAGGUUUGAGAAGAUCCUCACUGAAGUGGUAUUUGACCAUUUGAUGUUGGAAGUCAAUUGCUUCCGUGCCAAGGCCUCACUACAUACUGCAGUUUGCUUGUCUGUUUUUGCUUUUGUCUUAAUAGAUCCGAUAGGCAAAGGCCUAAACUGAGCAUUAAGCUAAAAUUCAGUGUUAUUUAAACAUUUUCAAUUUGCAUGCACAUCUUUACUAUAUUAAAGUAUGUAUAUUGGCCAGUCCUCAAUAGUUGAUAAUGUCGUUUAAUUAUCUGCGAAAUUCUAACCUAUGUCGUACUUUGUAUAUUUGAAAUGACAGUAAAAGGAAGUCAGAAGACAGUAGAAGGAAGUAAAUAUAUUGACCUCAAAUGCUUUCAGGGGCCAGGAGAAUAGGAGGGAGGGGGAUCCGAAUGAGGCAAUCUAGAAGAAGGAGCUGGUUUAAAAUGACGAGUUCUAGUUUCAACUAAAAGGUGCAGCCUGUACUAUACUCCAGCCAAUUCUUUUUAAAUUGAGAGCUAAUUUACAGACGGUGAAAUACACCGAUAUCAAAGGUAGAGUUCCUUUAAUCCAUUGCGACAAACGCCUUCACCCAUAGAAUUCACAUCCUGAUCGAGAUACAGUACAUUUCCUUAAUCCCAGAAUGCUUUCUCUGCUCCUUCCCAGCCAAUGUCCUGCCGUGUCCUACCUCCAACCAAAGCAAAUGGUGAUUUGGUUUCUAUCACCACAGGUUAGUUUUGCCUGUUCUCAAACUUCAUAGAAAUGGAAUCAUACAUUCUGUGUUCUUUUCAGUCUGGCUUUUAAACCUCAGCAUGAUGUUUUUGAGAUUCACCCGUGUUGUUGCAUGCAGCAGUAAUUUGUUCCUUUUUAUUGCUGAGCAGUAUUCCAUUGCAUGAAUAUAUCACAGUUUAUUUACCCGUUCUCUUAAGACAACUGGGCUGUUUCCAAUUUUUGGCUACUAUGAAUAAAGCUGCUAUAAAAUUCUUGUACAAGGCUA